AUGGCCGCUCCGUGCGGAAGAUCUUCAAAGGCUUUAUGUGUGACUAUAGCUGACUCUGAGGAAUUGCACGAGUCUGAUCAGCUGGUCACACUCCAUAGGUUACGCUGGUUAGAUCGUGUACAGAGACCUAUUGCGAACGCCGUAACAAGCGUGAACGACAGCUCAUUACCACCACUUUGGGUUAUGGCUGCUGGAGAUGUGGGUGGGUACGUUUCCGAGUCUUCGUCAAAUGUUCCAUACUACGUGGAAGCUUUGGUCCCUCCCCUCAGUCCGACAACUAUCACUUGGGGUGAAAACCUGCUGUCUUUGUCACAGCUUCCUGGAAGGUCAUCUUCACACUCACCUACCCAUGUUCUUUCCCCGCGGAACGCACGGCUGUCAACCGAACCCACAUUUUCUCAAACGCAAGGGUUUAUCCCCGAUGAUGAUUCUAUGGAUCACCCCAACGUUUCUAUUGAGAAUCCCGUUUUCCCUCACUCAUCAAUUUUAAUCAAAAGUGGUGAGGAUGGCGGUUCAGAAAAGAGCGAACCGUCUUCUGAAAAUCCGGUUUACGGUAAUCGAUAUCUUUCUAUGGUUGGAGAGUCAUCGUGGUCUGACGCAAUCCUAAUUCUGGAUGACGGACAACGGGUGCCUGUCCACAAGUUUGUAUUUGCGGCCUGGGGCAUCGUUUCCUCCGUAUUUCCGAAUGGAACUUCCUCAUGUGCAGUAACUGGCAUUACCACUUCUGAAGUGUUUCAGCUACUAGCACUACUUUAUCGAGGAGACGAGCAAACGUUGUGCCAGGAUUGGAACAACCAAAGUCUGCUUGUUCAGGACAAACUUCGAAGUUGGGGAGUCCGGCCAUGUGCCGAAGCCAAGUCACCCCACGGUGUUGCAGAGGUUGGUUUCUCUUCAAAGAAACAGAACAGCCCUCUAAACGUCAAAACAAUACUAACAGACGAGCAAAUAGCUCACAUGCAAUUGCCGUCGACCAGUUUUCAUAACGGGUGUUCUGCAUCGGAAAUUACAACCCCGGUUGUUUCUGGAUCCAAUUGGCGUCAACCGGAACCGCAGUUUAGUCGUGACUUGUUCAGUUCACCUUGGGAAUCGAUGUGCAUUGUAUCCCAUCCGGCGGAUGUCGCAGAAAGUGCCACAGAAAAAUUGUCUAUGCGUCUCUCGCCGCCGGUUCUAGGUUCUGAACAACAGUGUCCUUUAAUUUCACCUGAACGAUCUCCUAAGAUGACCCCAGUGUUUGAUGAACAGCCGACUCCUUGCCCAUUAUUUAAACGACUGUGUGCAUCCAACACAACUCCGUCGCCGGAAUCAGAACCACCCAAUCAGCAGUCUUCCGUGACUUCACCUCCCAAUUCACCGUCCCCAGAAAUGGUGGUUAGUACUGCCACAUCUCACUUGUCUAAAGGCUUACAAGACAAAUCUUCUACCCGAUCACCGCCACACAUUCCUCAAGAUAUUAUGAGUGAUAUUAAUUUUGAAAGUUGGAGAUCUCCCCUCAGUACCUUUGGCAAUUCAACCCUACAUAAUUCACCGGUCACUCCCCUUCCAGAUUACAAGGCGAUGAUGACGCCCGAGCUAAAACGUGCUCUCUCGGCUUUUGGAGUUCGUCCUCUUCCCCGCAAACGUGCUGUGACUCUGCUAAAUGAAAUUUACCAUCAACUGCACCAAUAUACUACAAAGCCUCAGGCGGGCCCAGUGGACUCGCUUUCUGAGCAGUCGACCUCCACACGUACAUCCAAGCCCUCCCCAAUGAAGAGACCACGGUCGAAGAAACGCUCCAGUUCGCGUGUGACCCAUACCACAACAUCAGUCCAUCCUAAGAGAACGUGCAAAAUGAGUAACCCUGCUGUUUGCACCACAGGUUCCGUGUCAUGUUCAACUGGGGAAUACGGAUGGAGUGACGAUGAUGCUCCUAAUGACGUUGAUAAUCGUUUCGAAGUUAACGACGUAGAUGAUUCACAAAGAUUGGAAGUGACGGGACAGGUGGAUAUCAAGCGCUCCGUGAUCGCUUACAUACGUUCACAAAAAGAGCUAUAUAAAAAUAUCCUCACAUACACGCCAGUUGAAUUCUCAUCACUUCACUAUUUAUUAAAAGAAGCUGGGAUGCGUAUUAGUGCAAGAACAUUGAUGGAUAUUCUGGACGAACAG